GUCCCAGUGCACGCGCUCUGACGCACUCAGGACGCACCAGGAAAGAUGCGCGAGACUGAAGAGACACGAUGAACGGACAUCUGGGUUUGGUUUUGAACGAGUCCUCGGCUUCAAAUCUGUCCCGCUGUUUCCACGACGACAACUGGUUCAAAUAUCGAGCCUACACCUUCACCUACGUCCUGCUGUUCCCCGUCGCCUUCAUCACCAACCUGUGUGCAGUGACCGUGUUCACCCUGCAGAGGAAACAGAGGACCGCACCGUCGUCUGUGGUGAUGAUGAACUUGGCGGUCUCAGACUUGUGCUUCUCGCUGACGCUGCCUCUCAGACUGGUCUACUACUUCAGGCAGGGCAUCUGGGACUAUCCCGACUGGCUCUGCCGCCUCUGUGUCUACGGCUUCUACCUCAACCUCUACACCAGUAUCCUGUUCUUGACUCUACUGAGCGUGCUCCGUUGGCUCGCUGUGGCACAACCAUUACGUCAUCACACACUGGCCACACCCACUCGCAUCCUAUUGGUCUGUCUGGGCAUCUGGGUGUUUGUGGGCGGGGCCUCGUCCUUCUUCCUGGCUCAGGGUGUGGUGCACAGGGGCGGAGUCCCGCGCUGCUUCGAGCCGCAAAAACCAUCAACCUGGUACUUGGUCCUGGUCCUGAACUACGUGGCUCUGCUGUUCGGGUUCCUCGUCCCAUUUAGCGUCAUCGUUUGCAGCUACGGCUUCAUCGUGCGGCGCCUCACCUCUCGCCCCGCCUCCUUCUCCGAGAGACUCAAGCCCCACCCCCCUGCGCCGCGUCGGGGCAGUGGCGGCGGGGGCGGCGAGUGCGGCAGACGUAGGUCCCUGUCGCUGGUCUCCGCGGUCAUCGUCACUUUCCUGCUGUGUUUCCUGCCGUACCACGCGGCUCGCUCGCUCCACCUCCACGCCGUGUGCGGGGGGUGGGGCUGUCGGGCCGUGGUCACGCUCCAGAGGCUGGUCGUGGUCACGCUCUGCCUGGCGGCGUCCAACAGCGUCAUCAACCCUCUGCUCUACUACUACUGCACCCAGAGCUUCAGGGACCAGCUGAGCCGGGCCGGGUCCAGGAUCAGCGCCCGCUCACGCUCCCUGCACUGA